UUCACUCCAAUGGUUUUUAGUAUUUUGACUUCCCUUUUUAAUGUAAUAUUUUCGUGUUUAUCGAAUUAAUCCCUUUUUUGUAAGAAAUGAAACAAAUGAAGAAAGCACUGUCAAUUGCAGUAUUCUUGCUGAUACUUGCCACUGGAAACACUCUUCGGCCUUAUCAUUUUGCCCACCAAAGCGAAGGUCCUUUCAAGGGUCACCAAAGACAAAUGUUCCCUCAGGAGGAAGCGAAGGGAGACGGACUGGGAAUGGAACUGUACCCGACGGGGUCGAGCCUGCCGGAUUGUUCGCACGCAUGUGGUGCCUGCGUCCCUUGCAAGAGGGUGAUUGUGAGCAACAAGUGCUCGACCGAGUCGUGUCCCGUCAUCUACCGGUGCAUGUGUAAAGGAAAAUACUACCACGUCCCCUCCAAUUGAAACAAUAGCAGACGGCAGACUAAUUUUAAAGGGCGUAUGCAGUUAGCUUUGGAAGAAUUAUUAAAGUUUGCUUAAAUUUGUCUUAGCUUAAUUUUCCCAUUUAGCUUGCAGUGAUAAGUUUGAAUUGCAGGAUUAAAUUGAAGCCAUUUACUGAUGUAUAUUCGUCCUAGAAGUUGGUCUGUAAUGUUAAUUGGGUGCCUCAAAAUCCAGUUGAAAUCUUAGA